AUGGCUUCUAAUGGACGGGAUAGACAACUACCUACGAUCGCCCCUGGGCCCGGGCUUAUAUCGACACAUCGGCCGAUGCCCAGGAAGACAAAAAGCUCAAGCGCCUGCUUGUCAUGUAGACAAGCGAAAAGAAAGUGUACUGGACGUCCGGCGCCUUGUCACGCAUGCCAGAACGUGGGAGGUGAUUGUGUCUUCGAUGAGACACUCGAUCUGCGGCGCAAAGUCGCCGCGAAAAGAACCCUCGGAGAAAUGGAAUACUACCGGGGUUUGCUGUUUUCCCUCUUAGAGUCGCUUCGAACGUCGGACGAGGAAAGGAUGCAUCAUGUCUUGGAAGCUAUACGGGGGAGUGAUGAUCUGAAUGAUAUUGCUACCGCACUUGAGGCCCUUCCCGUCGAGCCAAGUGACACAAGCUUGGAAUACCCUAGAAGCAUAGGACCUUUGGUGAUCGAUCAGCGAUCUAGAAUAACGGUGGAAAAACUUUGUGAUAAUCCUUUGUUUCAAGUGCCGGCGAGACCAUGGACCACCGUGACGGACGACAAUCAUCUCGUUUCACAUCUGAUAUCUCUGUACUUUGUAUGGGAUCACCCAACCAUACAGGUGAUAGACCAGGAGAGGUUCUUGAGGGAUAUGGCCAGCAAAAACACAAGCUCCAAAUUUUGCACCCCUGUCCUCGUAAAUAGUAUUCUAGCUGUGGCGAGUACAUACUCCGAUUUUCCUGAGGUGUUUGGCGUCCCUGACGAUAUAGCCUCUCGAGGGCAACAUUUUUUUAUGGAGGCGGAAAGAUUGUGGCAAGCACAAGAGGGCCGGCCCUCGUUGGCAAAUAUCCAAGCUGUAGCCCUCAUGAGCCACAGUCUAAAGCUCCACGGCAAAGAUGAUAUCAGCUGGCUUAUGCUUAGGCAGGCCGUGCAACUCGGGCAGGAUUUCGGCAUGUUCAAAGCCCCCAGAACAAGGCAUCAUGAAUGGGAUCAAAUGCCGGAAAAUGUGCGGCGUAUUUGCACAUCGACUGCUUGGGGAGUAUUUAUUCUAAACUCGACAAUAUCUAUGGAUUCUCAAAAGACGACAAAUCUUGAAUUCCCUAGGUCAAGUCUCGAUCCAAUGAAUGACCGCGAGGAAGAUUCCAUUUGGACUCCAUACCCUCAAACAAAUCAUGAACACUAUGCUAGAAAGCCAUCACUUGUCGGGUAUGCCAUGGUUAGAUUGGCCAAUCUAACAGAAACCAUUGUGGAUAUCCAGAACCUAUUGUUUGACAAGGCUUUGGAUAUUAGCAUGAACGAGGUGUGGGCAAAAGCAAUCCAGUUGCACGCCCGCCUCGAAGCGUUCCUAGAGAGCCUACCAGAUACCACCGUUCUUGGUAUUCCACCUGUCCCGCAUGUUCUCUUCCUAUACAUCAGGUGCUACCAGAUAUCGAUCGCGCUAUUUGGGUUCUUUCUCGAGAAACAAGACCUCGAUUGUUUGUUAGGCCCAUCGAAGGUAAAAAAAGCCAGAUGGAACCAAGUUCUCGCCGCAAAACAAAUAGCUCGAUACCUCCGAUUACAUCGUGAAAAUUUUGGGUUCCGACAAACACCAGGCACUAUGCUUGGUCCUGCAAACAGCAGUGCUUUCGUGUUAGUCCGGUGUCUGUCUGACAAGGACUCGAUCGAUGCCUUCGUUGAGUUGUAUCGGUUCAUAGUUUCGUUCGGUAGACGGUUCCUUCCGGCCAAAGAGACGAUUUGCAAAAUCAAUACGAUUAUUCGUAACUCAGAGUUCAAGCUGCCGUUCGAGAUCGUUGGGGUUCUUUCCCAGGGAGAAUCCGAAUGCUCGUAG